AUGUUGUCAAUAAGAAAAUGUAAUGUAUAUGAUUUAUUAUCAAUGCAAGAAUGUAACAGUAUAAAUUUACCAGAAAAUUAUAAUUUGCGAUAUUAUUUUUAUCAUGCAUUAUCAUGGCCUUAUUUAAGUCACAUAGCUGAAGAUGGUAAAGGAAAAGUUUGUGGAUAUUCAUUGGGAAAGUUAGAAGAAGAUAAUGAAAAAAAAGGUCAUUUAACUUCUGUUGCUGUUUUAAAAAAUUAUAGAAAAUUAAAACUAGCUUUUUAUUUAAUAUCUCAAACACAUCAACAUUUAAAAGACAUUUAUUUGGCUAAUAAUAUAUGUCUACAUGUUAGAGUAAGUAAUAAUGCAGCGUUAAAUUUAUAUUAUAAUUUAUUAAAUUAUAAAGUUAAAGGAAUAGAACCAAUGUAUUAUGGAAAUAAAGAAAACGCAUAUUUAAUGGAGCAUAUUUUUUCUAAAUAA